GCUUUUAUUCUAGGGAUGGUUUUGUUUACCUCUGCUGUCCAUUUGGUUAAUAUGUUGGAAAUUCCAAAAUGGUCAUUUCUAGAUCUAUGCUGAUGGUUGAGCAAUGCAUAUUGCCAAGGUAUAUUGCAGUAUUUCAAAACAUUAACGAAUCAGCAGUGUCUGUAUGUUUUCUGUUCCAAAUUUAUUUCUUUUCAAUGUAGCUUUGUGCUUCUGCUGAUUAACUUGUAACCACAAUUUUAUACUAUGUUGUAUUGUAUGAGGCUGUAUGCAUAUGCCAUCAAAUCCUUCUUUGGGAGCUUUUAUCUUGGGCAAAACUUAAGGUGGAUGAUUUUGAGAAAAGGGGAUGAUGCAUUGAUAUUUCCCUAUUGUCUUUUAUAUUUUGUUGCGGGCUAUUUUAUCUUUUCUGUUGGGCUCAUUUGGCUAUGGGGUAGAGAUGGUGUCAGCAGUUAAGACAAAAAUUGUACCAAGGAUUGGACUGCUUUGAGCCAUACAACACAGAUCCUCCAAAUGGAAGUAGCCAAAGCUGUUGUUUGGUUGCCAGUGCAAUUGAUAGAACUUGCAGCGCAAAACAAAACGACAAUUGAUUGGAGUUGUAUGAAUUGAUUGUGACUUUUAUGGCAUAUAAGCGUUACCCUGAAAUGUGAAAGGUCUGCAUUAGAUAUUUGGAUUUUAUACAGCGUAUCUGCAAAAUAAUGUCUCAGUGUAUAGGAUCCUGUAAUCUCUGUUGUCUGUACCUUUACCUUUGAUAGGGGGGCUUGAAAUUAUAUAUCUUCAUGAUUAGAAGGCUUACCUAUGAGUUUUUGCAGUUUUAUUUCUUUAUCUGGCAUAUUCAGAGAAAACUGACCUGGUAUAUCAAAUGAUCAAAACCUACCUUUUUGUUAUGUGAUGAUUGAUCAGGACAUUUAAAGAAGCCAUGGAGGUGAACAGAAGAAAGACAACCCAAGGUCAUCUCUAAUCAUCCAAUAAAUAGUUAUGAUUUGACAAGCCCACUCUCCAUUUCUUCAGGUACAUUCUCAAAUCGCUCAUACUGUCCCAUCCAGACGGGAGAUUUGGAUUGCUAUUUUAUUUUAUUUUAUUACUGCUGCUAUUGAGAACUGGAUGAAAAUGAUGCGCACAUUGGGAAAUUUGUCAUGCCCCAAAUAUCCCUAUGCAUGGAGCUCAAUCACACAAAUACAUUAGGGGAUCCAUUUGCUUGUCAACCGGGGAAUCUUAAGGCGUUGUCGGAAUUUGUGUUAGCACUCUGCAAAAUAAUGGUGCAGAGUUGGGUUUGCGUGUGGUGCUGGUUUACUCUGUCCAGUCCAACCAUAAGAAACAUCAUUAGUCCAUUUGGUGCAUGGUGAGCGAGGCAUGCUGAACCUGAUUGGUCACCGGGAGCUGCUGGGGCGUAUUAGGUGUGACUCUCGCAAUCAGAUUGGUUUGGGACGCAGGUGGCUGACUUCAAGUCCUUUUGCCCCCAGUUGCCAUUGCGGUCCUGAACUGAACAUCAGGUGUAGGCAUUAAGAAUUGUCCAUCUGCAAAAUCAUGGUGGGGAUCGUCUCAUUAAAAGGUUUUCUUUAGAUAGCAAGGUACGCAAAAUAAAUUAGAUUUUUUCUAUUGUCACUGAUUACAGUUGAAUGCUUGGCUGUUUUUAUGUCCAGCUGGCAAUUGACAACAAGGUAAUGAAUUCACCAGUUGGACAGGAUGAAAAGGCUCAUUAUACUAUUUAUUAUGCUUUGAGUAUAAUGUACUGUAAGCCAAUCUUAGAUAACUUGGUCCAGUUUUACUGUACUCUGGAGCACCUCUGGAUUGUAAGAGGUUUAGAGUAUUAUUAGAAUCACUUUUUACAUAAUAAGGAUAUCAAAAUUCUUGUUGGGAUGCAUUCCUAAAUCCUAACCUCAACUCCUUAGGAGACCAAACUUGAGGUCGAUCCUAGAUCUUAGAGAAGCCCACUCUCACUUCAUUUUCCUCCAACAUUGUUGCAUUGUUUCACCAUUCACUCGCAUCAUAUGUAGCAUUCCCGCGUUUCAAAAUCCUAUGCUACUUGGUAUUUAACAACAUGUCAAGCCAGCGAUCUUGGAAGUGCGGCACGCCGCUGCGGUGGUACCUGGACGGGUGCUUGGCUCGGCACAGACUCGAGCGGCUUCGACUCCGGUGAUGGUCAUGGAUGUGCAUGUACAUCGGUAUCACUAUGGACAACACGGGUUGCCGUUGGCCCGUUGCGGCGUCAUUAACUGGGAGAAUGUACCGGUUUUAAGGGAGGGAGGCGGAUCGUGACACCGGACAGUCGGAAUUCGUUGGGGGUUGCUCAAUUCCGUCAUAAAUUCCAGCCCAUAUUCUUCAAGGGGCUCUUUCCUCUUGAGGGAAAUGAUUCACUCCACGUAAGAAUAAAGUGAUAUUGGCGACGGAAAUCUACCCGGGUCAGUCAAACGUGACACUGGCUCACUCUUUCCUCCUUCACGAUAUCGCUGUCUGCUUAUUGCCAAACUCAUUUUCCCUCAAAAGUAUGAAAACAUUUGUACUUUUCCAAAGAAAAGUGAAGUACAUGGAAAAAUAAGAAGCCCGACAAUGCCGGUUUCUGUCAAGGUCAACAAAAAGUCUCUGUUUCAAGUUGUUUUUACGAAGAAUUUAAACAUUCGCUCGGAGAAAAAGCGAAGGUAACCAUCAUUCUUGGUUUGCGUUUUUCCUCUGAUUCCGCGGAAAUUCUUGCAUUGUUGCCUCGGAGAAAUCCGUACGACGGCUAAUGGAUCGCGGAAUAAUGCUCACAGCUCACCAUGAAUGGUGGCUGCUAUCUCGAUGAGAAAUGGGGCUAAGACUUGGGGAAUGCGACUUUUUGACGCUUGAGCCAAUGUUUGGUCAAAUGAAGCAGCCUGUUGCCUGUUGUUUGUCUGUUUGAGCUCACAGGGAACAAGAUUAUUUUGACAUUAUUCUCACAAGAAUUGAGAACACAGAUAAUUCAGGGAAGUGUUUGGAUGCCACAGAGGGAAAGAUACAUAUUUCAAAACACAUCAAGAAAUUCCACAGGAGUUCCGAAAUAAUUUCUCAGAUGACAAGGUAGAGUUGGCAGUUGAAUCCCAAAGAGGCAUAUUAGAACCGAAUUGUCUCGAGUUCCUACAUUUUCCUUCCACACUCCAAACGGGAAUAAGCCUCCAGGACACUUUACAGCAUCAAAACCGUGAGAUAACGGACAACAGGAUUUACAUAAAAGCGGUGCCAUUCUUCACCAACAUUGCAGCAUGCAGAACAAGUGAUCAGUGAUGAACACCUUACUUUCAUCAUGCACCAUAUACCAGUCUCUGUCAAAAUUUUCUUCCCAUCGCUCUCUGCCGUCACCUCUCCAUCCCUCUUGUUUUCAUAGUACAGUACCUGCAGCAGCGUCGAGUAAGGCCGUAAAAAAGCCCCCAUUAUCGACGAACACGACCCUUUUACGUUGUUGUCAGAACGUCAAAGGGAAACCGGCUCCUAGCAUAGCAUUCUCGAUGGAUGGAGCUCAAUGCGGCUAGCUGAAAAGUAGCAAAAAACGUGGGUGCUGAUCUGAUCUGAGCCUGUCUCACGGUGCGCCGGACUUUGGUACGUGACGGCUGAAAGCAGCAUCGCGAUCUUGCGGAGUGUAUCUGUGUAUGUCGUAGUGGAGCUCGGUCAAAGUGGUGAUCUUGCUUGCGGGGAUGGGGAGGCUCCAUGGCUUGCGGAAUUAGGAGGACGGGGGAGGAUUGCGCGUACGACGUGGCGCAAGGAUCACCAUCAGAUGAUUCCCAUCUGGCCGUGGCGCUUCGCCGUAUCACAAGCUCGCUAGGGACAACAAGACGCCGUUCUUAGCCGGCCAAUCAGAUGGAUCAGAAAAUUUUAGAGAGAGAGAUAGAGGGGAGAGAGGAGAGAGAAAGGCCGGCUGGCCUCUCUCUCUCCCGUCCUUCUACCUCCUCUGCUCAUUUGGCAUUUGCCCUGCUCUCCAAACACCAACUAAUUUUGCCGCCCCAUCACCGAGCCCUCCCUCAGUCCCUCCCUCCCUCUCUCUCUCCACAUCUUUAAAACGGCCACCUCCAGAGGCCACCAUAGUUGGCCACCCACCUCUCUGCCUCUCCUCUCUCUCACACACACACUCACAAUGGCCAAGCCGCGCAAGAACAGCGCCGCCGCCUCAUCCACCAACAGCAACAGCACCGCCAGCGCCGCCGCUGCCGCAGGAGACGUCGGGCCGCGCGCGAAGCCGAAGCGCACGCGGAAGAGCGUGCCCCGGGAGUCCCCCUCGCAGCGCAGCUCCAUCUACCGCGGCGUCACACGGCACCGGUGGACGGGGCGGUUCGAGGCUCACCUGUGGGACAAGAACAGCUGGAACGAGUCCCAGAACAAGAAGGGCAAGCAAGUUUACCUCGGCGCGUACGACGACGAGGAGGCAGCGGCGCGGGCGUAUGACUUGGCGGCAUUGAAGUACUGGGGCCCCGACACCAUCCUCAACUUCCCGGCGUCUGCGUACGAAGAGGAGCUCAAGGAGAUGGAGGGGCAGUCCAGGGAGGAGUACAUUGGAUCCUUGAGGAGGAAAAGCAGCGGGUUCUCCAGAGGUGUCUCCAAAUACAGAGGCGUCGCAAGACAUCACCACAACGGGAGAUGGGAGGCGAGGAUCGGUCGUGUUUUCGGGAACAAGUAUCUCUACCUCGGCACUUACGCGACGCAGGAGGAGGCGGCGAUGGCGUACGACAUGGCGGCGAUCGAGUACCGUGGCCUGAACGCGGUCACCAACUUCGACCUCAGCCGCUACAUCAAGUGGCUCCGCCCGGGCGCCGACGGCGUGGCCGCCGCCGCCGCCGCGCAGGACCCGCACCCGAUGCUGGGCGGCCUGGCGCAGCAGCAGCUGCUGCCGCCGGCGGACACCGCCGCGUUCCAGCACCAGGGCGGCGCGGAGUUCCCGCUGCCGCCGAGGACGUCGCUGGGCCACACGCCCACGACCUCGGCGCUCAGCCUGCUGCUGCAGUCGCCCAAGUUCAAGGAGAUGAUCGAGCGCACGUCGGCGGCCGAGAGCGGCGCCACCACGUCCUCGUCCUCGUCGCCACCGACGCCGUCCCCGUCCCCGCCGCCGCCAACGAAGGCGCAGCAUCAGGCGGCCGGGGACGGCGGCGCCGCCUCGCCGCAGUGCGGCUUCCCCGAGGACAUACAGACGUUCUUCGGCUGCGAGGACGUCGCGGGCGUCGGCGUCGGCGUCGACGUUGACGCGCUGUUCUUCGGCGACCUCGCCGCGUACGCGUCGCCGGCGUUCCACUUCGAGCUGGACUUGUAGCUCAUCAGGCUCGAUUUACACUAUGGGCCGUUAAUUACUUUUAAUUCAUAAUAUGAUUUUUUGUCGAUAGCAGAAUCGGAUCACCAGGUUCCCCAAGAAAUGGUGAGGGAAACACAAACAAGAGCAGGAUGUAGCACAGACAGACAUCACCUAGUCUGUUGAGAGAUUUUACAGUGGUAGUGAGGUUUACUGAACAAUUAAGAUUGUAUUUUUUUUUUUCACCUUGGUAACCUGAGGUAGAGUGAGUGUGAGCGAGCAAGAGAUUGUUUCAUUUGUUUCAUUCCUGAAUCCUGACAUAAAGAAAAACAGCAACCAUAUAUACACAUAUAUUCACAAACAUACCUGAUAAUUUGUUUUCUC